AUGGAGUAUAAGUUGCAGUGUAAACAAAAUAGAAAGUUUCGUAAAAGUAUUCUUGAUCAUCGGAGGAAAAAAUACUUGAGAAAAAGAAAACGAGUCUGUGAGGUUAACGCACCAGAAAACAGUAACUCUAUUUGUUAUCGUAUUGCUUCUGCUGGGACAUCAACGACUAUUCAGUAUCACGAAGAACAGUUAAAUCUUGGAUUGCCAGAAUACAUGUGCCAAUAUUGCGGGGCUUUAUUUUGGUAUGCGGAAAGAAUUGCCAAAUACCGAAAUGGGAAAAAACCCAUAUUUUCGAUGUGUUGUCAAGAAGGUAAAAUCACAUUGGAGUUGUUGCAUCCGCCGCCUCAGUUCCUUGCCAAUUUGUUGCAGUAUAAAGGUUCUCAAGAAUCUGUAAAUUUCCGCAAGAAUAUUCGCACGUACAAUUCAAUGUUUGCGUUUACAUCAAUAGGUGCAAAAGUCGACAAUGAAGUAAAUAAAAAACCGGGUCCAUAUGUUUUCAAAAUUAGUGGACAGAACUACCACAGAAUGGGGUCACUUCUUCCUACUAACGGUCAGCGGCCUAAAUUUGCUCAGUUAUACAUUUAUGAUAUCGAAAAUGAAAUUGAUAACAGAAUGCGAGCCUUCAACAGUUCUGAUGAGAUUAAGAAUAUUAAUAGAAAUAUUGUUCGGUCUCUUCUAGAAAUGUUUGAUUGUGUGAAUGAAAUAGUGAAAGCAUUUAGAAUGGUAAGAGAUCGUUUCAGAAUAGAUGAUUACCUACCUAUUUCUUUGAGAUUAAUUGGCGAUCGUGCAGAAAAUAGACCACAGUAUAAUCCUCCGUCGUGUUCUGAAAUUGCUGGAUUAAUAGUUGGUGAUUUAGGUGUUGCUGAUCGACAUAGAGAUAUUGUAGUUGAACAUAAAACAGAUGGUCUGAAAUGUAUCAGUGAGCUGCAUCCUUCUUUUAUGGCUAUGCAAUAUCCUAUUCUAUUUCCAUAUGGUGAAGAUGGUUUUAGAAUAGAAGAACGGAUUGAUUACAUUAGAAGGAAUCAAUCAGAUUUACGAGUCGAACUCUACAAAGGUAUCAAAGAUGCUAUUGUUGCUGGUGAUGUUGAUGGUGAUGCUUUUAUUCCCGAGCAAAAAGCAGAAGAUCGGCCUGACAUUGUUAGCAGAGUUUUCAAAAUGAAACUUGAAGCAUUAAUGGCGGAUAUAAAAAAUGGAACAUACUUUGGGAAAAUUGUUGCUGAAUUCCAGAAAAGAGGUCUUCCUCAUGUUCAUAUUUUGGUCUGGCUACAUGCAAAUCACAAGUUUCCAAGCAGUUCAGAAAUAAAUUCUAUUAUUUCGGCUGAAAUACCCAAUAAAAAUAUUGAUCGUAUUAGAUAUGAAACUGUUUCGAAAUUCAUGAUCCAUGGUCCAUGUGGCUUGGCAAAUUCGAAAGCACCCUGUAUGGCUAAAGGUUGGUGUUCCAAACAUUUUCCAAAAGAGUUUAGAACAGAGACACUGAUGGAUGAAAACGGAUUUGCUAUUUACAGAAGAAGAGAUGAUGGCAGAUAUGUUACGAAAAAUGGUAUUAAUCUUGACAACAGAUUUGUUGUGCCACACAACCUAAGACUAAUAGUCAAGUAUCAAGCUCAUAUAAAUGUUGAGUGGUGUAACAAGACGAGACUUAUUAAAUAUUUAUUCAAAUAUGUAAACAAAGGACCAGAUAGAACAAGAGCGGUAAUUGAGGACAAUUGGUUGCCUGGUGAUGUGCGUUCAGUUCGGCAAUUCAAAGAAGUCGAUGAGAUUAAGAAAUAUUUAGAUUGCAGAUAUUUAUCAGCGUAUGAAUCUGUUUGGAGAUUGUUUCAAUUUGACAUACAUUGUAGGGAUCCUACGGUUGAACGCUUGACUGUUCACAUGCCGCUGAUGCAUAACAUAGUAUACCACGGGAGCCAGGACCUAUCAGAUGUUCUAUGUCGAUAUAACAUUGAGAAAACGAUGUUUACUGAGUGGAUGGCAGCCAAUCGAAUGUACGAUGAUGCGCGUGAAUUAACUUAUGAAGAAUUUCCUACUAAAUGGGUAUGGCAUCAGGAUUCUAAAGUUUGGACACGCCGUAAAAAAGGGAAUCGUAUAGGAAGGGUUAUUUAUGUUCGUCCCAAUUCUGGCGAACUUUAUUUUUUGAGAAUGCUCUUAAAUAAAGUAAAAGGGCCACGAUAUUAUCACGAGAUCAAAACUAUUAAUGGAAUUGUGUAUGAAACAUUUCGAGCUGCAUGUGAUGCUCUUGGUUUGCUUGGCGAUGAUCUCGAAUGGCGCAGUGCAUUGGAGGAAGCAUCACAUUGGUCCUCUCCUUUUAAUUUAAGGCAACUUUUUGUUACAUUGGUUAUGUACUGUGAAGUUGGGGAUCCUAAAAAAUUGUGGGAUGAUUAUUGGGAAUUAAUGUCGGAUGAUAUUCUAUAUAGAUUGGAGGAAAUGUUGGGUAUUCGUAAUCUAAAAAUGCCUCGACAAGAUUUGCAGAAUUAUGUCUUAUUUGAGUUGGAACUCCUAUUCAAUAAAAACAGUAGUUCACUCAGCCAGUUUAAAUUACCGGUUCCUAGCAAAAUACUCCCAGAAGAUAUGGACAACAGGUUAUUGCGAGAGGAAACAGAAUAUGAUGUUGAUGCUCUCAGGUUGGAGCAUUCAAAAUUAUUUAGUGGUUUAAAUGAGGAACAAUUAACUAUUUAUUGUGCUGUAGUAAGCUCUGUUUACGAAAACAAAGGGGGUAUAUUUUUUGUAUACGGUCAUGGUGGCACAGGAAAAACCUACCUUUGGCAAACAAAAAUUGCCAGGCUGCGUUCAAAGGGAAAAAUAGUAUUGGCCGUAGCUUCAUCAGGAAUUGCAUCGUUACUGCUUCCAGGAGGUCGCACGGCUCACUCACGAUUUAAGAUACCUAUUAAACUUGAUGACUUCUCAACAUGCGAAAUAAAAAAGGGGACACAACUUGCAAGAUUGAUUCAGUCUACAAGUUUAAUUAUAUGGGAUGAGGCACCAAUGAACCAUAGGAAUUGCUUCGAAGCUUUAGACAGAUCAUUGAGAGAUAUUUUAUGCACUGAGGAAACAAUUCCAGAAAACGUUUUUGGAGGUAAAACUGUUGUACUUGGAGGCCAUUUCAGACAAAUUCUACCUGUUAUUGUUGGUGGAAAGAGACAAGAUAUUGUAAAUGCAUCGAUCACGAAAUCAUAUCGGGAGACUCGCGGAAGCUCAGAACACAAACCCGUCCAAAAUAAGCCUAUUUCGGGCUUGCCGGAGCAAGCUUGCUCCGGCCGGCUCGGCGGCACGUGUGCGUGCGCGGCGGCCAGGAACGGGUGCGGGGGUGAGGUGAAGAGUGAGCGGUCACCUCAGUUGGCGACUGAAGCGCGGCGGCUGGCAGCUGUGGAACAACCAAGCCGCCACGGCUAG